CAGCUAGCGAUGACAUUGUACGGAGCGGUACACGCGCCAGUCCUUCUGCGGCGGCUGCUUUUGCGGCUCUUUCACAUGCAUUGAAGGCUACCGAGCGCGCCGUUGCUCGUUUCCCCCCCAACAACAUGUCGUCCAUUUCCGCGGCUUUUAACGAGGAGCGACAGCGCCAAGGAGCACAGGCGCCCGUGGCCACGGACUACAUCCCCACGGAGGAGGAGAAGAGAGUGUUCAGGGAGUGCAACAAGGAAAGCUUUUGGUACAGGUCGGUGCCCUUCUCUGUGGUGAGCAUGGCCAUCACUCAAGCCUUGGUUGCCAGAGGGUUUCUCGCUGCAUCUCCAAGGUUUGGGUCGCUUCCUAAAGUGGCUUUUGCCGGCUUCUGCGGCUACCUGGCAGGGAAGAUGUCUUACAUGAGGAUGUGUCAGGAGAAGUUCAAGAGGCUGGACAACUCUCCUCUGGGAGAGGCCCUGAGACAGAGGACGGGACUGUCUCCACAGCUUCCUAAAGGUGCUCAGUCAGAGCUGAGUGAUCCUACCAGUCCAAGCUAUGACACCAUGUUCCAGCCAGCAGAGACGCCAGAUUCCAGUGCAGAACGUGGAUAUGGAUUUAAUCCAGAAGCACCAGUUUCCACGAGACGAGCAGAUGACUUUGAUGUACCAGUUCAGUCCUAUGAGGAAGAAAAUGAACCCAAGAGGAAGUCCAUCCUCUAUGAGGACCUCCGGCUGAAAAACCGCGAGAACUAUGAGGUCACACUCACCCAGAAGGCAGAGUCGCUGCUCAAAACACCCCCUGAAAGGGAGCCAGAAAGACUGACAAAAAGUGAGAAGAAGAAUAUCUAUGGAGACACCUGGGAAGAAUGAGUUUUUUUGAGUAAAAAUGUGCUUCACUGAGCUUGUGACACAGUCUGACAUCUGAGUCAAUUAAACCAAAGUGCUUGAA